UCCUGUUUGUUUAUUUCCAAUAAAACAUUACUGUUAUAAACCCAUUUUAAUUACCAAAUUCCUUGUUUGAGAAAGAUCCAUUACAGACCGACGACUUUUACUCCGACAUGACUAACUUUACGGACGAACUCGACACUUCCGACUACCCUACUGACCACCCCGCCCACAGGACUGAUAACAAAAAGGUGUUGGGGAAAUUUAAAGACGAAGCCAACGGAGUGCCCGUCUCCGAAUUUGCCGGACUUCGAACAAUGAUGUACGCGUUACGAAUCCUCGACGAAGAAAAGAAAAAGGCGAAAGGAAUCAAAAAGAUAGUCGUCGAAAAAAGCUCUCCUUCGAAGACUAUCUUUCUGCUCUGCACGACGGAAAAGAGUUUAAGACCACGUUUCGGUCGAUCAUCUAGAAACGUCACAAACUCUUUUUCGUUGAACAGACCAAAACAUCCCUUUCGCCUCACGACGAUAAACGUCAUCAAGUCGACGGGAUUCGUACCUUAGCCCAUGGUCAUUAUUCCAUAUCAGAUGUAUAACGUUUCGGAUUGGUACGAGAUGGGAGAGUAUGACAUAUUUGCUCUCCCCUUACUGUACAUA